CAGUUUACCACCGAGCAUCACCACCUUUUUUUUUUUUUUUUUGGAGCAACUCGCAACCGGGUUUUUUUGUGUGUUUUCUAUCUGGGUUUUUGUUUUUCCACUGUAAAAAAAAAAAAGAAAGAAAAGCGAUAAAUUGCGUCCCACAUCUUCAGAUUCACUCCUGCUGGUCCUCCAUACGCACAACUGGAAAGUUCCUCGUCUCGGUAACGUGGUCAGCGUGUGCAUCGGCUCCAAGAAAGAGCAUGGCAGAUUACUUGAUCAGCGGCGGCACGGGCUACGUUCCUGAGGAUGGACUCUCGGCCCAGCAGCUCUUCUCGAUCGGGGACGGCCUCACCUACAAAUCAGACCAACCGUGCGUUGUCUCCGAUGGUCAAACGGCUGACGAGCUAUGCUCUAAAGGAGAUGGGUUGACUUACAAUGACUUCCUGAUCCUCCCCGGCUUCAUCGACUUCACCUCAGAUGAAGUGGACCUGACAUCUGCCCUGACCAGGAAGAUCACCCUGAAGACCCCCCUCAUCUCCUCCCCCAUGGACACGGUCACAGAGUCAGCCAUGGCCAUCGCUAUGGCGUUGAUGGGAGGGAUCGGCAUCAUCCACCACAACUGCACACCAGAAUUCCAAGCCAAUGAGGUCCGGAAGGUCAAGAGGUUUGAGCAGGGUUUCAUCACAGACCCAGUAGUGAUGAGUCCCCAUCACACUGUUGGCGAUGUGAUUGAGGCCAAGGUCCGACAUGGAUUCUCCGGCAUUCCCAUCACUGAGACGGGCAAGAUGGGCAGCAAGCUUGUGGGCAUCGUCACCUCCAGAGAUAUUGACUUUCUGUCCGAGAAAGACCAUGGCAGACCCCUGGAGGAAGCAAUGACAAAGAGGGAGGAUUUAGUUGUGGCUCCCGCUGGUGUCACGCUGAAAGAAGCCAACGACAUUCUGCAGCGCAGCAAGAAAGGAAAGCUUCCCAUUGUGAAUGAUAGUGACGAGCUGGUGGCCAUCAUUGCCAGGACAGAUCUGAAGAAGAACAGAGACUACCCGCUGGCCUCCAAAGACUCCCGUAAACAGCUGCUCUGUGGGGCCGCCAUUGGCACCAGGGAGGACGACAAAUACAGACUGGACCUGCUAGUGCAGGCCGGCGUGGACAUGGUCGUACUGGACUCUUCACAAGGCAACUCGGUGUAUCAGAUCAACAUGAUCCAUUAUAUCAAACAGAAGUACCCAGACCUGCAGGUGGUGGGAGGGAAUGUGGUUACAGCUGCCCAGGCCAAGAACCUGAUCGAUGCUGGAGUGGACGCUCUGAGAGUAGGCAUGGGCUGCGGCUCCAUCUGCAUCACACAGGAAGUGAUGGCAUGUGGGCGGCCCCAGGGGACAUCGGUGUACAAGGUGGCGGAGUAUGCCAGGCGCUUCGGCGUGCCGGUCAUUGCUGACGGUGGCAUUCAGACAGUCGGGCAUGUGGUGAAGGCACUUUCCCUGGGAGCGUCGACAGUUAUGAUGGGCUCAUUGCUGGCAGCCACGACCGAGGCCCCGGGAGAGUACUUCUUCUCUGAUGGCGUGCGGCUAAAGAAGUACCGUGGUAUGGGCUCCCUGGACGCCAUGGAAAAGAGCACCAGCAGCCAGAAACGCUAUUUCAGUGAGGGCGACAAGGUGAAGGUGGCGCAGGGUGUGUCGGGCUCGGUUCAGGACAAGGGCUCCAUCCACAAGUUUGUCCCUUAUCUGAUAGCCGGUAUCCAACAUGGCUGCCAGGACAUAGGUGCAAAGAGCCUCUCUGUUCUCCGGUCCAUGAUGUACUCUGGAGAGCUGAAGUUUGAGAAGAGGACCAUGUCUGCACAAGUGGAGGGAGGCGUCCAUGGACUCCACUCUUAUGAGAAACGGCUUUACUGAGCAAGGCAGCAGGGGACGGAUCAGGGGCGCACCAGAUGUGCCCACACCCGCAGUGACCAAACGUAACCGCCACUUCUGACACGACACUAGACUCGCUACACCCUCUUAAGCUCUCCCUCUCUUGCGACCCAUUCUCGCUCUCCGACCCCCCCUCCCACACACACAAGUCACGCAUCUUUGGGGGGGGGCCGAGGGGGGCCUUUUCGGGAAGCGAGAAUUCUGCAAAAUGACACCAAUCCACAGAACACCCAAGAGGUUUUGCACUCGAGAGGCGGAGCGUCAGGGUUUUUUUUUUUCCGUAACCCCCCCACCCCCACUCACACAGCCCCUAUGUAGAGUAUGCAGCCAGCCCAAGCUAUGUGCACGUGAGUGUGUGUGUUGAUGCUAAUGAGAGAAUGUAUUGUGUUGUUUUUGUGGCGAAUGAAGGUAGUGUGUGGGCGUUUGCAAACAUGUGGUACAGUGUUAGAGUACGGGGACAAAGCAAGUGAAGGAACGCUCUUUUUUUGUCCCCUUACUAGUGAAUCUGAAAAUGGUUAUGGUGCAAAUUCCAUCACCAUCUUUUUUUUUAAUUAUUAUUAUUAUUAUUAUUUCUUCCAUUUUAAUUUGUUUGUGCAUCAGUACUUACCAGCAAGCUUCCAACAGCCCGACUCCCGCUCGGUCUUGUGUGUGCAGAAAGACAGGUGCUCGUCUGUCCAUGUCCGGCGCGCUAGCGUAGCCUAGCCGCGUUUCGUUUCGCUCCAUCGUUAGCUGCAUUUUUUUUUUUUUUUUUAUGCGUUGCGGAUAUUUGCUACUCGUCAGUUGUGUAUUGUGUGUAGAUGCAAGAUUUACUUUCCUGUGACCAAGGUGAAAGGGCGCCGGAGCCCGAGGUAUGAAACUCUUCAUCACGAUUAUGGCGGCGAUAUGUACCACGGUUUUUUUUUUACCUUUUACCUCAAAUUUGGAAGAGUCUUUGCUACUGUGGCCAUUCCCCCCCCCCCCAAACAAAAUGAAAUGUCUCGAGCCAAAUAAGUGAUGUCCCGCCUCAAUGCUUCGUGUGUUAGUGUUGAGCAUCGGAGGGGCCAAACGCUAGACUCGUCUGUCAAUCAGGGAUGUUUAAAAAUAAUCAAAUGGUAGGUUUGGAUGGGGGGGGAUUUCCCCCCCUGCUCGCAGGUUAAUUACUUUUGGAAGACAAAAGUGUUUUUUCUAAUAACCAAGUGUAGACAAAGGGGGCGCUUUAUUGAGCAUGGAGGUUUUUGAUAUGCACGCUUUUUUUUCCAAUUAGCCGCAACAUGGGCUGUAAUUAUAUUCUGCUUUUUUUUUUCUAAUUACACAUACUGCCAAUUGUAUUGACAUGGUCUCGUUACACUCUUCUUUUAUACCGCGAUACCAAAUGAGCUCAACGGGUGGUCUGUCACCUUGUCGCCUGGUCAGUCCUGUCCUCUCGUAGAUCUGUGGCACAGCUCGUCUUGAUUUUAUAUAUAUAUAUAUAUAUAUAUAUAUAUAUAACACAUCUUAGUUGUUUUCUUUUUACCAGAGAUAUGCCUUGAAUCGGGGAUUUGAUAAAGGUUGCACAUAGCAGAAAGUCUUAACACCCCGGGAGCGCGCCGAGGUGCGCGCCGCCGUGCGCCCCGUCUCCUCCUCUUCCUUACUCUGAAACACCGCGGCUGUACCUGUUGUCGCCCAGCUUUACGUAGGACUAGUUUUUUCUAACUUUUUGGUAAUGGAUGUCCUCUUUGCCAGUUGUGAUUUUUGAGCUGUCCCGGACCGAAGGUCGCGCUCAGCAUCAUCGCACGUCGCCCGCCGGGAGGGUCGUCUUAACUAACCGCUCUUGCAGUCGCCCGGAAGUGCGGGGAAAAAAAUGUAAAUGAAGAUUUACGGAGGAAUGGAGGCGUAUGUCUAGUGGAAAUGGCUGCUGCUUUGUUUUCGGUUUCUCACCUCAAGAGGUAGUUCAGGUUUUUAAAAACUGUUUAUCUGAUUUAUAGCAAACUGUGAGUUCUGUUGGUCUAACCCAAAAGCACCUCCAGCGGUAUGAUCCUGGACACAUCAGCGUUUGCUACUGCCGCGCUCUCGCUUUUUAGUGACAUGGUUUCAAACUCACGUAACUGCCACAGAAAUGACUAGGAACUGCUCAUGUCUCCUGCUGCCAGCAUAGCAAUGACCAGAAUACUGCAGCGAGUGCUUUCUGAAUGGGCUGAAAAGACUCCCAAUUUGUGGUGAAUCCUAUUGGGUUCUUGGAGAUCGUGGUAGAUUUGAACAGACCCUGUUUACAACGGAAUACUCAAUAGAACGAGGUUGCUUUCGCUGUUCAAUAAUGUAAAGAAGAAUAAAUAAAAGUCAAACUGU